GGCAGGAAAACUCGGCAGGCGUAAACAGUGAAAAAACCGUUCUCCUGCUUGUGGGUGCGUGCCGGACCGUGCGUGCGUGAACAGUUGGCAAACAGUUGGCGCUGAGGGAAAAUCUGUCUGCAAUCGUGUGCGAAAGAGUGUGGUGUGUGUGUGUGUGCGCGCGGUUUUCUUUCCAUUGCUAUCUUUGUGGUUGGUGAUUGUUUGCCGGAUUGUGUUGUUGUUUUUUUUGUGGCGUUUUUCUGGUACUCCCCCCAGUACACACACGGUGCCUCAGCUCAUCGAGUUAGCCAGCGCUAGACCGUGCGGCGGGCGGGCCGUUUUCGCCAUUUUCUCCAAUCAUCGAGUCAACAUUUGCAUCGCCUAGCAACAUCCGACCGUACGGGCAACACCAAGCAGCAACAAUCAACCAUCGAAUCAAGCCGUAACAGGCCUUCGUCGGCGCUGCGGCCACGGCCCGCGAAACGUACGCGGCGUACGCGUACAGCAAAUUUGAGCUCAGCUACCCUCCCAACGGAAGUCCGUACUUGCAAAAGAGGUACUGUGACAACAAAAAGUCCUGCCCGCCCGACUGAACCCCCAAAUUCGUCUCACUCGGCAUCGGUUGCCGUGUUGCACUCAGCUGUAAAGCAUCACGCACUAGCAAGGGUACAAAAGGUAGCCGAAACAAGGUAAUGCGACCAAGUGGUGAUGCAGCAAAAGUGAAGAGUGCUACAACCAAGUAAGAGAGAGAGAGCGAGAGAAAAAUAAGCAUAAAAAAAAGAAAACAAAAGGAAAAUGUGGCAGGGAAGCGCACCGCACUCGGGUUGGAAAAUCGCUCAAGCCAACGGCCCAUCAUACCGCAAAACGAUAACCGCGCUAUCCAACGCUACGGUACGCGGGUACGUGCGUAUUGCGUGUUAAUAUUUGUGCCGUGUGUCUCUUUCCCCGUGUCCGCUUCUGCUCGGUGUGUGUGUGUGUUUGGGAAUUUUGUGCAAAUUCUAAAGUCGAACAAGUUUUGGGGAUUCGUCAAAACGUACGUCAGUACCCAGCGGCUCAUCUGCCAUCGGUCGCGGGUUGUUUACCGCCGCAUCCUGCCCACCGAACGCACUCGCACACAAAAUAAAAAAAAAAAAAAAACCGUUCGAUAUCGGACGCGGACGCGUAAGGCGCAAAACUUUACCGAUUUUACAAGCAAAACAGCGACGAACAGCAGGCGGAGUGCGCGAGAGCGACAAAGAGCGAGCGUGUGAGUUAGAGAGGAAGAGAGCGGAUGCGCGCUGCGCGCCGUAUCCUAAAAAAUCGGGAGCGCAUCCCAGCUCGGCCCCAAGAUUCGAGAGCGUUCCGGCAGCGUCGUCGGAGAGCUCGCACGCCUGCUUCGUAUUAGUAGCCUGCCGAAUGGGGGUGGUAUAGAAGAAGGUAGAGCAAAGGCAGAAGAAGUAGAAGAGGCAGAUAAAAAAGCACCCGAAAAAAAGAAAACACAAACAGUGAGCAGCAGCUAAUGUUUGUGUUGGCAAAGCGCGAGCAGCGCGACCACCAUUAGUGGCAUAGUCGUCGCGGAGGCGUCAACUUGGAAAAGGACGCGAGACUCGUCACUAUCAACCUCAACCUCAAACAAUCGCCCCUACCGCCGGGGGCAGUAACUCACCUGGCUUGUUUUCUUUGUGGGCAAUUCGGGGCAGCCGCAGGGUGACCAGAACACCAAAAUCCGAUAGCUGUUGUUAUUGUUUUUGUUUUUGUUUUUUUUUUUUCGGGUCAGUGAAAACUUCGUCUUUGUGUACAAGUGCAGUAGUGUGAGUACGCGUGUACAUGUGUGUGUGUGUGUAUGUGAGAGCUAGAAAGGGUAGCAAAUGGUCGAGUCGGAAAAUCGUGUCGGUGUAAGUGAGUGCAAAUUUUGACAGGUGCUCGAAGAAAAUAGUCUGCCCUGCAAGAUAUAUAGGGCAGCGGACGAAAACGCUGCUCUAGCAGUGCUUUUCCAGUGCACGAUUCCAUUCCAGAGCCACCUGUAACGAUCUCUCAUAUUCACUCUCCUCCCCGCUGUUAUCGAAAACUGUUCGGCUGUGCGGUUUACACCACCGGACCGAGUGCUUACCUGCGAGUAUUUCGUGCUCGGUGCAAUCUAGUAACGUUCUGGUGCGAGAUCCUGGUUGGCUAGCAAACACACCAGCAUCGUCAACAUCACCAUCGCCAUCGUCAUUAUCACAUUCUGGCAAUCCGGUGUGUGACGCUAACAGAGGACGCCUUGCUUGGGGACUCGCCUUUGCGCGAAAAAAGGGCCGCUGUUGUGCAGCACGGGGAGAACGGUAACUCACUCCCGUUCUAUAUAUACAUCGGUGUGCUGCUGCUGCUGCUGUAGUGUGUUGUUGUUUGGUUCUCCCUUCGGCUCAAUCUCUCUCGCACGCUGUCUCUCUCUCUCUGUCUGUCUGUUUAUCUCGCUCUCUCUCUGGUUUCUGACCUACUGUCCCGUGUACUAUCCCCAUCCCGCAACUCCAACAAGCUGUCAUAGGGCACCGUUUGUUUUUUUUUGCCUUUGCUGACGCGUGAGCGCAGUUGCAACUGCAUGCGAGCGCGCUCGCUCGCUGCACUGCUGCCAACAUGCUCUCCUACAUGCUGCCAGUCGAGGAAAAAUCGCCAUCCGCAGCGGCUGCAGCAGCAACGCGUAAUCUAAGCCUCAACCUGACCACAACAACCACCACAACCGCGUCCGGUGGUGUCGGUGUUGGCAGCGGCAGCGGUGGUGGUGCAGGCAGUGUUGCCGGUGGUGCGAUCGGGCGCGACAGUUCCGGUGGCGCUACUGCGGCCAGCACAUCGUCCGCCCAGGUGCGCUCCAUCAUCAAGCCUACAAUCAAACACAGUGGCGGUGGCAGUGCUGCCAGCCAUCGCUAUCAGCUGAUCAGCGGCGGUUCGGGCGGGUCCGAUGCGAAGCUGGUAGGCGGCGACUCCGGUGCCCCAGGCGGAGCAGCAGCUGCUGCGGUCGGUGGCGGUCGUGACGUGCGGUCGGGCCGGGGCCGCUGGCAGGACGAGCCGGAGGCCGAUCAGUGCGACGAAAGCACCAACCUGCUGGCCGGUGCGGGCGCGGACGACGACGACGAGGACGACCGGGACGCGAUCGACGAUCGGCCGCGGCGCGGUGCCGCCGUCAAGAGUGACAAAAACUUUAACAACCUGAUCGUGGUGCCGAACGGGCGGCACGGGAAACCUACCAACGGCAACCAUGCCGGCCCGCCGGCCAGGCUCGCGAGCGUGCUAAAGCCGACGAACGGUGUCGGGUCGAACGGGCGGCCGGGCAGCAGCAACGGUGGCGGCGCCACCGGUGGCCACACUGGUGCCUACUACAAUGGCUACCUAGCCGUCAGUGGCGACAACGAUGACGAGCACCAUCGGCUGCUGGUCAGUGCGAACAAUCUGCGAAACGCGAGCGGCGACACGCGGCCCGAGUGGUCCCCGCAGGGCCGAACGAACGGGUGCGGCCCGGCCACGACCGAGCCAUCGGGCCGGCCGGCUUCCUCCUUCGCUAGUGGCGCGCGCACCAACGGCAACUGCCGCACGAUGAACAGUCUGAACGGGAACCUGCUGGGGUCGGACCCGCCAGCCGUCGCACCGUUGCCCCUGGAAACGACAGACAUUGGUGAUGGUGGUGGUGGUGGUGGUGGUGGUGGUGGUGGUGGUGGUGGUGGUGGUGGUACCGGCGCCGCGGCUGACGUGUCCCUCGGCAGUGACUCCGACUCGGCGACAGGGGCAGGUGGUACCGGGUCGGCCACCGGCGGGGGCGGCAAGAAGGUGAAGCUAAACAAGCUCGGCGGCAACAAGAACGUCACACUGAAAAGAGUAUCGUUCGGCUCGUCCAAAGGUUCGAUGGUGGAAACGCUGGUGUUCGAGACGCCCACCCCCCUGCCAGAGCACGCCGAGCGGGAGUUCUUUCAGUCGCCGGCCGUGCUGGCCGGCGCCGGCCACACAACCGUGUACAGCGGGGGCAGCGGCCCGCCCGGCACCACCCUGGUGCACCAUCACUAUCCGGCCCCGGGGCUGGCGCACCAUCCGCAUCACCUGCCGCACCAUCACCAUCCGUACCAGCCGCAGUAUUCCGGGGGCUACCACCAUCCGCUGGACGGUGGCCCGGCCACGGGAGCCUCACACGAUGACAGCGGCAUCGAGCUGCAGGAAGAAGUAGAGCGCUCGAAGGUGCGUGUAUCGUUCUUCCAGAGCAGCAAACCGCAAUCAAUCAGUCCGCCGGAGUCGCUGCACCUGUACGGUGGGCAAAGUUUGAUCCAUUUCGGUAGCGGCGGCGGCAGCGGCGGUGACGGCGGCUAUGAUAACAACAACUCGCCGCUAGACACCUACAUCACCUCGGCCGCGCUCAACCAGCAGUACGACGCGCUGUCCAGCCAUCAGCAGCAGCAGCAGCACGCACACUUUCAUCCGGACCACCGGGAUCCCGACAUGGCGGCUGUCUACGGAGGUGCCAACGUGCCGCCAACGGCCUUUAACCGACAAAUGAGUACCGAGUCAGGCUGGGACAAUCCAUUCAGACCGGGCGGCGACCUGUCGAGGGAGGCGGACGAAAUAGUCAAUCUGAUCAAAGGUGGCAAACCGAUCACACCAACCGGCGACCAAAGUUUAGUGAACGGCAGCACGCCUAAGGACAGCCACAGCACCGACGACCCGGACACGACGGUUGUGGACGGUGCGGUAGCAAAGCACGAGGCCUCGCAGCUGCAGGCGGCGGCGGCCCAGCAGAACGGCACCAAAUCGCCCCACAAAUCGCCCGGCACGGCCGCCGGUGGUGCCGCCGGUUCGCCCGCGCUCGGGGCGAAAAAUGGCACGACCGGGGCGGACGGCAGCACGGUCCACAGCAGCACGACACCGAUCAGCAACCAGGUGAUACCCGGUCCCCAGUCCGCGUCGCACGUCGUGAUCGACGAGAAGAAGAAGAAAAAGUGCACCUGUUGCGUUAUACAGUAAACAACCCAACCCCCCCCCCCCCCCCAUCCCCCCUCUCCUCCUAGUCCACACACGCGCAGGAGCACGGGGCUGUUUGGUGGGUGCGUUGCGCGCGCGCGUGUGUGAGUGUGUGAGGGUGUGUGAGUAAGAAAAGGGAAGAGAGAGACAGGGAGAUAAAGAGAAAGAGAGAGAAGGAGAAAAUAGGAAAGCAACAAACGUGGACGUGAUGAAGGAAGAAAUAAUAACCCGAUCCCGUUCUCUGCGCUAUAUAUCGUUAUACAUAUGCAUAUAUAUAUAUUUAUACGACCGCAGACGACGAACGUACGGGCACACUCGAUGGAACCCAACCCAAAUACAUAAUAUAUUAGCAAAAAACAAACAAACAAAAACAACUCACACUCGCACGCACGCACACGAACGCAUGCACGCACCAGCAUCCUUUCUCUCUCGCUCUCUCUCUGCCUGCAAAUGGCUGCGGCAAUGCGCUGCAGAGAGCGAAAGGCGCCCUCGCGCGCCUCCAUCGGAUACCCUACAUUACUACGUCUUCUUCUGCUGUGAGGCGGGCGCGGAUCGAGAAGAGGGUUUUAAUGCUAAGAAAAAUCACCUUGCUGCUUGUUUGAUGUUAGGAAGAGUAACACACACCCACACACACACAUACAGGGCCCACAUACGGUGGCUACUAAUCGUGCUGUAGACACGUGAGAGCCCGAGAAGCUCCACCUUGAGGAAAGCAAAACCACAUAACCACCUGAAGGACGAUGAAGGAUUGAACGAGAGGAGGUGAAGCUUGUAAGGGACAAUGCGAGUUGACUGUGUGUGUGUGUGUGUUUGUGCGGCUGGGUGUGCGCAACAUCCCAACACACACACACACACACACACAUAGGUACGUGUGCACACAGUGCGGUGGCGCUAGUUAGGCCAGGGCAAGGCAGACGAUCGAGCAUAGUGCUAGCGUAGUAGCGCCAAGGAGCAGGCAAGACGGUCGUAGAACCCUGACGGCUGGUUGUGGCCUAGUUCCUUGGCCCAUUCUAACAUUCUUUGCACCAAAUGUCAACCUUCACUUUGCUCUCUUGCUGUCCGGAUUUUCCCCUUAUUUUCUUCCUCCAUUACUCGUGCUGCACCAGUCCGUGCAGCUGCGUACUACUACGCGGUGACGAAUGUGGUAAGACUGUAACUGAUCAUACCACCCCGUACUUCCACACUCUUCAGCGUUUCCUUUAUAGCUUCAGUCCUUACACUACCUGUCCCGUUUCGCUCGCACACAAAUGUGUCGCGAGGACGUCUCUUGUGUAGUUCAGAACAACAACAACAAAACAGAUUAAUACUAUCGAUAGAGAGAUAGAGUUAGAGAUAGGGAAAGAGAUGCAUAGCGAGAUAGCGAGAGAGAGAGAGAGAUAGAAAGAGAGAAAGAGAGAAAGAAAAGGAGAAAAUUUUAUCGUGUACUCUGACAGCAAAAGUAUUUAUUUUACUUUUAAAAUAAACUUACCCAAAAAAAAAACAACAAAAAACAAAAACAGCCCUGCUAUGCUAUACGUCAUUCUUUCCUUUUGCUUUCGCGCGGUCGCGGCCUUCCCCAUUGUCUCCAACCCCCAAAACUAGUAAGUAAUGCUGGCUAGGUGCGCGAAACACAGACAGUAGAAAGGGUUCAGAAUCCGCACCGCACUGUGCCACUGCGUGUACGUGUGUGCGUGUGUGUGUGUGUGUUUGUAAGUCGAUGUGUGUAAGCUGUGGGUGUAUGUGGGUGAUUGUGAUGUAAAGCAUUCAUGUUGUAAUUAACUCCCACAGUGGUUUAUUUACUUUAGGUUUCGUUUUAAAUACUUUAAACAUUUUGUUUUUUUUUUUUUUUUAACUGACUGACCCCAAAUCAUGCGUUUGAUGUACAGUGAGGGCAAUCAGCAGCUAGCUUUUGCACCACCAUACUGUACCCACAAACACACACACACACACACACACAUACACACUCACACAACUAUACCCGGACACUCCCGAAAGAAAUUUUACAGGGUGUGCUUCCUGAGUAAACCAAACGAGUAACAUUUUUACUAUUUAGAAAUGUUUAGUAUUAAAAAGUGGGGGAGGGGGAGCGGAGCGUAAGCGCGGACGCACGUCCACAAACAUACAUCGUGAAAAAAAAAAAUAAUAAUUUCGCACUGCAACAUCGUGAAGGCGGCGAAUGGGGCUAUUAAAAAGUAAAAGCAAAGGUUAUUCGUAAGAGAAAUGCAGCAGUGCAGCGAAUGCAAUAUAAGCAGGAGCGAGAGGGUUUGGUGCGUUGCAUUUCGUGACUGUAUGUGUAGCCGUUUGUGGAUGUGUAAAAAUGGUGAUGAUAUUCGCGCGAGCAGGCGAAGGGCCGGAGCAUUAUGGAGCUAUUUAUUUAACGCAAACCGUAAUAGGAAACCCAAAAAAAAAACGGAAGGCACGGAUACUGUUUGGGGGGUGAAAUUAAAGAUGGCAAUAACAUAUAAUCACAGUUGUAAGAAAGCAAAGAACCAAGCAAGUGAAUGUGUUUGCGAAACAGGAAGAGUUAUUAGAAGGGAAACUUAUAUAUAUUUUUGUCCCUCACCACAAACAUACACACACACACACAUAUAUACACACAAAAAUUCGCCUUAGCUCUGCGCAGUGAGGUAACCUUGCUGGCUACUCUUCCUGUUUUAUUAAUAUUUAUUUUAAUUAAUUCCAACAUCAUUAUUACCACAAAACAAACAAAACAAACCUUCAUCGUACUCGCAAGGACCCCCUCCCUUUGCCCUGAUUAGGCGUUGUUUUAACGUGAUAUACGCUAUACUAACCGGGUGAGCAGAAGGCUGCCCGCGUACUGGUCGCCGUGUACUAAUGCAGCGCAGUGUAAUGUGGAUCGAUGAAGGAGUUGCGCUCGCGCCAGGUAGAUGAGUAAACGUGAACCCUAUCGGUAAAGUGCGGUUGAUCCGUUCCUUGCGCCCGCCCGAAAGGCGUCUUGCGUUUUGGAAGGAAAGUGUUUGUGGUAACAAAAACCACCCCCCCCCCUCCCCCCUCAAACAAAAUGGUAUAUUUUUCGAAACAGAUAUGUAAUGUCAUGCAUAUUGAAACGAUGCAGCCCUUCGUCAGGGCGCACAAGAGUAGGGCAGCCCAACAACACACUCGCUUACAAACAAUAAGUGUCAUUUUUCCACACUGUCUCUUAGUUGACUCCAGCAAAUGGACUUGAAUAAAGUAAUGCUUUCUCUCUGGA